GGUAGGUAAGUACCGUUCGUCGAGCUACCUUCGACGCCAGUCACGCCAGAACCUUCGUCGUGUCGGGUGCGCACGGAGACCACAACGGGACUAUCCUCGGGACUAUUCGCGGGUUAAUCUCUCAUCACCGGCGUCAACGUAACUCUCCUCUUCAUCGCUGGUGUCCAAGAAAACGGUCAGAAGCAGAAGGGAAAAAUGUGGUUGCCGAGGACGUGCGUACUGCUUCUUCUAUUAGCCGCGGUGAAUUGCGAAAAACACGAGACGGAGGAGGAUGCCUCGUCUGUGUUCCUCGAGGCUGCUAAAUCUUUCUUCUCCAACAAGGACAAUCUGAAUGGGCUGCAGGGCUUGGCAAGGACGUUCUUGCAAUCAGACGACAGGAAAGGGGCCGGCAAUGGGUUCGACGGGAAAUCGAAUGUGGACGGUGUCGGGCAAAUCGUAUCUGGCAUAGGAAGUUUAUUCUCCGGUAGCGAGAAAAGCCAAGGAAUCGAUUUCUCCGUGAUCGGUUCGAUUCUCGACGGUGUAAUGAACUCUGACAAAGGCAGCAAAAGAUCAUCCAGGAGCGUGGAAGCGAAACAAGAGGCUGGCAUCGAUCUGGAGGGCAUCGUGAACGUGGGAAGGAUGCUGAUGGGGCAAAACGGCAACGCCGACUUCAUGAUGGGAUUGAUACCGAUGCUGCUGUCGAAUUUUGCCGUCAACAACGACAACGACAACGAGGUUGACGCCGGCUCGAGCAAGCUGCACGAUCACUCGGGCCAUUCCUGGUACAUGCCGCCGAUCGUAGAAAACCUGCACGUGAUGUGGGACCAUUUCAGUAACUCGGAGCUGGGUCAAACGUUGUGGAAGAAGAGCGGUUUGUCGCAGUUCGUGGGCCAAAUAUCGGACUCCGAGGGGCGUGUGCAGUACGAGAAGCUGCUCGACAGCUUCGAGAACCCAAAUCUACGCCGCAGAUGGAUACGAUCGUUGACGAAUUAUAUCGGCGAAUGGAUUUCCCACGUCUCCGAUCCGCAGAUUCAACAGCGUUACCUGAACACCGCCCAGUUCGUGGGGAACAGUUUCCUGAAGUCGCAGGGAUUUCCAAAAUCGGCCAUGUUCGACUCGAUGAGGCCGGUGGAGAGUCUUUCUAGAUUAGUGAACGCGGUGGGUAAACGGCACCUGGGCAUGAAGAUCAACAGUUCGCAGUACAUCAAGCCAGCUGUGUCGUACAUCAAAGAAUUAAUCGCUCUUGCCUCUGAGAAGGGGUUCAUCAUGUCCCGAGUGAACGCAAGAGAGAUCAGCAACAGGCUCAGUGACACGAUCAACAAUGACAUUAUCAAUCCAAUAUUGAAGUCUUAUCGGGCAUACAAAUGGUCGAUCAAGAGGCCGCAAUGCGCCAGUCAAAUCUUGUGCGCUAUCAACGAAAAGAACGAACAGGAUACGAAACAACCUCGUUUGAGAAGUUAUUUAGUGAAGGUGACCAGUUUCCCUGCUGCUUGGGCUGUCAGUAACAAGCUAGGAACAAAUUUCUGGAAUCUCUACGGAGCUAUCAUGGAACACGACAAGUGCGCUCAAAAAUACCCGGCCGACUGUACGGAUUUCCACGAAGAGGAGAUCCGAAUUACGACAGAGAGCGUUCACAGUGAACUUUAAUCUUUAGUUCGGUGUACCUUGUGAAAGAGACGUUCGCGACAUUUAUCAGUCAAUCUCACGGAUACGCGGUCGUAUCGUACGGCUAGUUAUUCCAUUUGUAGCUUUUAAGACCAUUAUACGUUAAGGAAAGGAAAAGAAAGAAAAAAAAGAGAGAGAGAGAGAGAGUCGCCAAACAAAAGUUCGAAAACAGAGUUUCAAAACGUUUUAGUGUACAUAGAGAAAUAACUGGAAACGAAGUCGAUCGAAUAAGCAGAUCUUUAACUUUACGAAUCUUUUAUUUAUCCUGAAUUUCACAUGAAGAAUAUUCACUGUUUUUUUUUUUUUUUUUUUUUUUUUUUUUUUCUUUUAUGUACAUUGUGCGAUUCGUUUACUUUCACGGUGCUAAACAUUUUUCUCAAUCAAGUGUUGUGAAAUCAACAAUAAUAAGAGCACCAGUUAUAGUUACUUUUUAUUACAUAUAUAUAUACAUAUAUAUAUAUAAUAUCUUCUUUGGAUUCAUUUUCUAUAUUUAUUUCUUUCCAAUGGAAUCUAUAAAAAUUCUAUUUUAUAAGAAGAACACGUGUGAGAAGCUACGCGUUACAAUAUUCUUCGGGACAUCGUAAAUCCGAGCUUAGGAAAGCUCCUUCCAUGAAGGACGGAAGUUGAAUGACUAGAUCCAUUUCGAUCGUGUUCAUACGCUUGCGUUGUCUGCAACAGCUUUUGUAAAUAUUAGGUAAAAGUCAAAUAAAACGUAUGUUGGAUGUACGAGAUA